GGGAGGCAAAAUCAAGGAGAAGCAAACGAGCGAAACACUAGUAAAAAUUCUCAGGCAAGAAGCGCGAUUGACAGGGCUUGGGGAUUAACUAGUCAGAGCUUGAUGAAUUGGCAAUGGUAGUAAGACCUGAUUAUAAAAACUGGCUUGAAAACUGCAGUGUUGCUGCCCACAUUAUUUUUUCGAAGUUAAUUGAGUGACCACCUGGUGUGCUGUUGGUCUUGAAGGGGAUAACCAGUUCUGCGGAAUGAAUAAGAGGGGUAGUCAUGUGAGAUGGGAUGAAGCUAAUCUGGGGGAAAUUGAAGCAAAUAAACCGGUAAGGCAGAAAAUUACUGAACCCAAGACACCUUAUCACCCCAGGAUUAAUGACGAUGGUUCUCUGUCACCCGUUUGGGGUAGCUUUAGCGAAUGUGUCAACUCUGUUACUGCAAUGGAUGCUGAAGAAUUACGGACUGCUUUGAAUGAUGUUGCUUCUUCUAGUAGGGAAACUACUAGCCCAUCUGGCUGGUCAUCAUCAGAGGAUGAGGCAGAUCCUAUAGAACAAGAGGAUGAAGAUUCUGAAAUAGGUAGGAGUUUGAGUUUUAAAGAACACAGAAAAGCACACUAUGAUGAAUUUCUGACAGUAAAAGAACUCUUGCGGAAUGGUUCUCUGCUCGAUGAUGAAGACAAGGACGAGGGCGAGGAGCAAAAUGAUGGAAGAUCUGCUUUAUCGUCAUCAUUUAGUGGUGGUGUGAAGCGUAUAGACACUGAUGGGGAGACUGCUAAUUCACCUGAACAAUCUUCAUCACUACCGGCUAAUGGAGCUUAGUAGCUGUCUGGCAAGUCAUGUCGGAGAUGUAAAGCUGAUUAUUUUCGCAUCUUUGCUUACAAUAUAUCCCCGUGUAUGUUAACUAACAAUGAAGUACGUGAAUCCUGUUUCCAA